AUGUUGGAAGCAGACCGUCCUGGAAAACUGUUCAUUGGUGGCCUGAACACUGAGACAACAGAGAAGGCUUUGGAAGGAGUAUUUUGCAAAUAUGGUCGUAUAUCAGAAGUACUGUUAAUGAAAGAUCGUGACACGAAUAAAUCCAGAGGGUUUGCCUUUGUCACAUUCGAGAGUCCUGCAGAUGCCAAGGAUGCUGCAAGAGAAUUGAAUGGAAAGGCACUUGAUGGAAAGCCAAUCAAGGUGGAGCAAGCCACAAAGCCGUCCUUUGGAGCGGGCAGUAGGCGUGGGCCACCACCUCCACCAAGAAGUCGUGGCCCUCCAAGAGGUCUUAGAGGGUCAAGAGGAGGUGAUUAUGGUUCUUCAAGAGGCGGAAUGCCACUUAAAAGAGGUCCUCCACCUCGCAGCGGUGGCCCUCCACCUAAAAGAUCUGCCCCUUCUGGUCCUAUCCGCAGCAGUGGUAUGAGUGGACGAGCUCCGCUGUCACGUGAAAGGGACAGCUAUGGUGGGCCACCCCGCAGAGAUUCGGUGCCAUCACGCAGAGAUGAAUACAUGUCACCAAGAGAUGAUGGUUACAGUGCAAAGGAUCGCUACGAUAGUUAUUCCAGAGAUUAUGGCAGCUCCAGAGAUUCAAGAGAUUAUGCACCACCUCCACGAGAUUAUGCUUAUAGGGAUUAUGGCCACUCAAGCUCUCGUGAUGAUUAUGGAUCAAGAGGUUAUAGUGAUCGUGAUGGCUAUGGGGGACGUGAUAGAGACUACUCUGAUCAUCCAAGUGGCGGUUCUUACAGAGACUCCUAUGAGCCCUACGGUAACUCACGUAGUGCCCCACCUACAAGAGGGCCCCCUCCAUCAUAUGGUGGAAGCAGUCGCUAUGACGAUUAUGGCAGCUCUCGAGAUGGCUACGGAGGCAGAGACAGUUACUCAAGCAGCAGAAAUGAUAUGUACUCAAGUGGACGUGACAGAGUUGGCCGUCAAGAUCGUGGCCUACCCCCUCCAAUGGAUAGAGGCUAUCCACCUCCACGUGAUUCAUACAGCAGCUCAAGUCGGGGUGCUCCCCGUGGUGGCGGCAGAGGCGGAAGCAGAUCUGAUAGAGGAGGUGGCAGAAGCAGAUACUAA